AUGGCUCUCAAAGACCGUUCUUUUCCAGUGAGUCCUGGAACGGCUCUGUCUGUUUUCUGUUUGCUUCUUUACUCUGCUGGAUUCAUUCGAUUCGAGACAAAGUUCAAUGAUUAUGAACAGAGGUUGAGGACUGUGGAGGAAUUUAUGCCUCAAGAUAAAAUGGAACAGGCACGGCCAGAUUUACAUUCGGCUGAACAAGGUGAAGUCAAAAACUGUCUGUAAAGUACAGUCAUGGUUGUCUUGAUUGUUGCGAGACAUGCUUCUUCAAACUGAUUUACGUAAGAUGACUUUAAGUUGCAAAUUACUCUAACCCUGUAUAGACUAAGAUCUUGUUGAUCGAAUGUACCAGCGAGGUCAUAAUCACGUUUCAUCGCCUCUCCCCUCUCCGUCGAAAACUCCUGGAUGCGCCACUUUCGUCUCUUUCCAUUUAAUCGAACUAAUAUCUUGUAGUCUCAUUUUGCUACCUGCUAACGGACAUUCUAUCAAUGUUAAAUCAUCGCUCAAAAGACGAGCCGGCAAAUAACGAACGACAAAGCUACUCAUUAUUUCGACUUUUUAUGGCGUUGUUUUCUUUCUCUACGAUUGUUGAAUUCAUCACACUGAGAACUUACUGGACAUCGCUGACACCUUGACCUCUCAGGUAUUUUAAGAAAUAAUAACUUCGCCUCGCCGGCGGGAACCUGUUUAUUCGUCGAGAACCGAUCCGCAAAACUUAAAACUCGCAAAAUGUUCAUGUUAACCGUACACGUAUGUCAGACAUGAUGGCAAUGAGAGGUAUUUAUUCUGUUUUCGGAGGAAAAAAACAAAUAAGCAAGCCGCUUUUAUUAUUCCUCAGCUUCCCGAUACUUUGAAUUAAAAAUUUGAAAUGAUUCGAGGAUCUCUUCGCAUGAGUUCAGGAAUCGGUUAGCAGCACGUAUUUUGAAAUUUUAUAAUGUAGAAAAUUUCAGCCCAGUUAGCGAGUUGAGUUUUGAACCCGAUUACUCUUAUACUUGAUACUCUUUAAAGGUUCAAGGAACCUUUCAGCGUUACUCUGGUGAAAACUACCAACUGCCGCGCGUAAACCUAGUCCAUUCGAGACCGUGCCCGUCAGUCUGAUCGGAAGUGUAUAAUUAUAACUUAUAAGUGUUGACAACCAAUCGAUAUUAAACUAAGCGCAAGCCUAGAGAAUUUGUCAACCAAAAAAGCCAAAUUAAUUUUUGGAAACGCUUGACAUUUCUAAACAAACAGCUGAUAUUCCUAAGAAGUUUCAAAGAACCUUUCGGUGGAAAAUCUGAGAGAAUUUAUGGCUGCCGGGCAUUUUGCCUAUUUAAGAGCGUGCCCAGCUGCCAAAAAGGAAAUAUUUGUCGAAGGAUUAAACUGCAUUUGUGGUCCUUUUGAAAUUGAAGACGACAGUGCGUACAUAUUCGCGCAUCACGUUCCCCGUCUCGAAAUUAAUUGUGGUUCGUCCUCCCGCCCAACCCUACGCCACCCACCGCCCUACCCCACUCUGCCCCCAUCAGACAAACACACUACUUAGAAAGAAAUUGGUGAUCAAAAUUGCGAGAAAAAAAGACUAAAUCAUUGUAGUUUUUUUAUUUUUGUUUUUUUUUUCUGAAGAAGGCAGUAAAAUGCCAUUUUAAGUUACUUUCUUCCUUUAUUUGAUACAUUUUGAGUAGUACCCAUCACCUCCAGGCAACCGCAAACCUUCCGUCUGAAGCGUAGUAUUUCACAUCCACCUCCUUUCAACAACUCAGCAAAGAUAAGAGAGAUGAUGCAAGACAUCAUUUCUUUUACAUGGAAGGAAACAAAGGCAAUUUGCAGCAACAAAGGCAAUUUGAACGUAUGUCCCCGUGGGCGGCCGGGACCUCCGGGGAGAGCUGGACCAAAAGGUGAUAGGGGGAGGAAAGGAAGAAAAGGAUCCCAGGGACUCAUGGGACCACCAGGAAGAAGCGGAAAACAGGGAGUCAUGGGACCACCGGGGAUAAGGGGAGAAAAAGGAAUAAAAGGAGACAUCGGGCCACCGGGUAUCCCUGGUAUCCCAGGGACUAAAGGUGAACCAGGCGAAUCCAUUUCAAAGCCGAAAGUAACAAUUUCUCCACCGAAACUAAUUGUCAACGAAACCAACACAGCCUCGUUCUUAUGCUCUGUGUCGGGAAAUCCAGCAGCUCAAAUAUUCUGGUCAAAGAUCAAUGGAUCGUUACCUAGCAAUAGGACUAAAGUGACGUCAAAUGGUCAGAUGCAGAUCGUUAAUGUUCGGAUGGAAGAGGCAGGCGAGUACAAAUGCUUAGCGCGAAAUAUUCUGGGAGAGGAGGAAAAAACUGCGAUUCUCGUCGUACAAAGUAGGUUUAAGUAUUAUGUACUUUUUGACUGAGUGGGAGGGCUGAACGGGAAAAUAUCUGGCUCCAGUAAUGUACACGGCCCUACACACAUCCGCUUUUACCAUGAUUUUCUGUGGGAUUGUGCGCGUGGGGCUGUAGGGGGCAUAUGAUAAACCAUCUUUUAUUAUUGCUACGACUCUAUAAAUCGAAGAUCAAAUCUCGUUAUUCUGAUUUUUUCACCAUUUUUUUACGAUUGAGGAACACAGAAUUUCUAGUCCUGACUGAUAAAAGACACAAUUUUUUUGGUUCCGAGGAUGUCCCAUGAAAACAGGAUUCCACUGUAAUACGCUGACCAAAGAAAAAGCUAAACGUUGUUUGAAAGAUAAUUUGAAUUGAAGGAAUUUUUAGCUCUAAAGAUGAGCCUCGUCUUUGUAUGAGAUCCACGGAUGCAAUGGCAGUUAUUUCCAUUAUGCAUAAUUAUUUUUCCAAAUAUCCUACAGAUAAACCGAAUAUCUCACUCUCCCCUGGACCCACUUAUUUUGAAAAAGGCAAGAACAUCACGUUACCAAAAUGUCACGUGACCAGUUUUCCUCCAGCCGUCAUAACGUGGUCUAGAGUGCGCGGUGAACUUGCAUAUUCCAGAACUGUUGUGGAAGACGGACAGCUGUCGAUUAUCAGUGCUCAAAAGAGAGAUUCUGGUUUGUACGAAUGCAAAGCGUCAAAUGAUUUGGGUGACGACUCAGCUUUGACACUUCUAAGUGUUUUGGAGCUGCCACGAUUCACAUCAAAUCCUCCUGCUCAGCUCAAUGUUAGACAAGAACAAAAUAUUUCAGUCUCAUGUCAAGCUGCUGGUGACCCCAAACCAAAAAUCAUGUGGGUGAGAGAGAACAGCCAGCUGCCAGUUGGAAGAUCACAAGUCAGUCCGGAAGGAACACUUCAGAUAUGGAAUAUUAGAGAUGAAGACUCGGGAAUAUAUAUCUGUAUAGCCAUAUCAGCGCAAUUGUUCAAAAGGUCUUUAAUGCAACUGACUUUUGGUAAGGAGUGGUUUGCCUCGGUAACUUUUCAUUGGGUAGUGAUCUUUUUUUCUGCACAUUAAAUAAAAUAAAUCUAGAGAGCUGAAUGUGACAUGUGACAGUGACUGAAUAUUCAAGUAAGAUUUCGUUUCAAGCGGAAUUCAUAAUCGGAGUCAAGUGAAGGAUUAUCUACUUUUCGUCAUAAAGAAUUGCAUGCAAAAAAUAGUGGAGACGUCAAUCAGCUGGAUUCACUUAGUUUUCCGUACUUGAUUGAUAAAUAAAAAUCAAAAACGAGGACAAAAUGAGGAUAAGGCAAAACGAAUAAUUCAUGAUGUGAGAACACUCUCCAAAAUCCAGUUAUUUUUGUCUAUUUCAUUAAAACGUGUAUUAAAAAGGUUUUGAUUUUGUAUUCAUCAAUCAAGUAGGGAAAACUUAGUGGAUCCAGCUGACUGACGUAUCCAUUAUCUUUUGAAUGCAAUUCUCCAUGAUGAGUAAUAGAUAACCCUUCACUUGACUCUGAUUAUGAAUUCCGCUUGGAAAUUUGGAAAUUUUAUUGCGGAUGCGAGGCCAUAAGAUGGAAUAAAAAACUAGAAUGAUUGUGUCACCUGUUUUUACUUAGUGUGUGAGCCUAUUGGUGUGGUGGACAGGAACAGAAUACCAGACGCCAGAAUGACAGCGAGCAGUUUUUACAGUAAUUAUACUCCUCCCUACUACAGCCGACUCAAUGAAAGCAGUGGCCAUGGAGGGUGGUGCCCUAAAACUAGAUCUGACAGAACAGACUAUCUUCAAGUUGAUAUGGGUGAAGUGCGUUUUCUUUGUGGUGUGGCCACACAAGGAUUACUGAGGGGCUCUGCAUGGACCACCAGCUACAAACUACAGUUAUCUACAAACGGUACAACUUGGAACACUUACAGGGAAACGAAUAUUGAAAAGGUACGGAGAGAACUGUACGUAAUUGACGUUUUCAGGAAUUAG